AUGAACGGUGGUUUAUUAGCUAGGGGUAUAGGGUGUAGGGUCAUUAGUGGGAUGGAAUGUUUUAUGGUAUGGGUGGAUGGAAUGGUAGAGAGAAUUAUUCUAUAUUGGGAUUUUUGUGGAAACGAGACUUGGUUUCACUGGUAUCCUCCUUACUACAAGGAAAAGCCAACCAAAAUGGCAUCUAUGCGACGAAUUAAAAUCUUCGGCCUCCUAGUCUUCAUCGCCGUCAUUUCUCUCCUCUUUUACACAUCUUCUCUUCGUCAACAACGGAAUGUCGCAGCUGGAACUGGAGAUUUCUACACCAAAACCAUGAAAGGGUUGGGAAAACAGGAGGUAGCUGAGGCGGGGGCAGGUAGUACGGCUGGUAAAAGCGAUGAUGAUGAUAAAGUAGCAAAGCAAAUGGCGCAGAGGUUAAAGGAUGCGGCUGAUAAGGCGAAGGAUAAUGCGAAUGCGAAGGCGUUUAAACCGGAUCCGCCGAGUCAGGUGGUAGGGAAGGGAAAUGCGGCGGAAGGACAGGGUGAAAGGAGUGUAGCGGGUAGGAAAAAGAUUGGGGGGGAGAAGGCGCAGGAAGUGGUUAAGGAGAAGGAGAAGGAUGAGGAGGAGAAGGAAGAUGUAGAGGUUACGACGGAGUUGAAUACCAUUUUGAAGAAAUCUCCAAUAAUCAUUUUCUCCAAAUCCUACUGUCCGCACUCCAAACGCGCUAAAACUAUCCUCCUCGAAAAAUACUCCAUCGAUCCACUCCCCUUCGUAGUAGAACUCGAUCAACAUCCCCUCGGAGGAAAAUUACAAGCGAGAUUGGCGCAAUUAACGGGUAGAAGAACAGUACCUAAUGUAUUGAUUAAUGGGGUUAGUAUAGGAGGUGGUGAUGAUGUGGCUGAAUUACAUGCGAAGAAGAAUUUGGAGGAGAAGGUGAAGGAUUUGGGUGGGAAGAAAAUUAAGGAUGUUAAGGCUUUGUGA